AUGGCUGCGGCUGAGAAAGACUGUGAAGUUGGGGCCGAUGCUGAUCGGGAAUUGGAAGAGCUGCUGGAUAGAUGCCCUCUUCGCCUCCCAAGAGAAGUUUUUCCAGGAACUAUUCGACAGUGAGUUGGCUUCCCAAGCCACUGCAGAGUUCGAGAAGGCAAUGAAGGAGUUGGCUGAGGAAGAGCCCCAUUUGGUGGAGCAGUUCCAAAAGCUCUCAGAGGCUGCCGGAAGAGUGGGCAGUGAUGCAACUUCCCAACAAGAAUUUACUUCUUGCCUAAAGGAGACACUAAGUGGACUAGCCAAAAAUGCCACUGACCUUCAGAACUCAGGCAUGUCAGAGGAGGAGCUGAACAAGGCCAUGGAGGGGCUGGGCAUGGAUGAAGGGGAUGGAGAAGGAAACAUCCUCCCCAUCAUGCAGAGUAUCAUGCAGAACCUACUGUCUAAGGACGUACUGUACCCAUCAUUGAAGGAGAUCACAGAAAAAUAUCCAGAAUGGUUGCAGAGUCACCGGGAAUCUCUACCUCCGGAGCAGUUUGAAAAAUAUCAGGAGCAACACAGUGUCAUGGGCAAGAUAUGUGAGCAGUUUGAGGCAGAGACCCCCACCGACAGUGAAGCCACUCAAAAGGCUCGUUUUGAAAUGGUGCUGGAUCUUAUGCAGCAACUACAGGACUUGGGUCAUCCCCCAAAAGAGCUGGCUGGAGAGAUGCCUCCUGGCCUCAACUUUGACCUGGAUGCCCUCAAUCUGUCGGGCCCACCAGGUGCCAGUGGUGAACAGUGUCUGAUCAUGUGAAACACUACACGUUUUCCUCCCUGAUUCCCAGCCAUGGGGAACAUCUGGAGUCAGCAGAACCAUUGGGAGCUGAGGCAGGAGUGUCGUCUGCAGGAGCGAUCUGCCCACUGCCAUCCCACCCAAGACUGUGCCAUACCAGCUGAGGCUUUUUCUCUUUCUAGGAAUAAGGCCUGUUCCAUAGGCCGUUUCUGUUAGCCCUACUUGGUUGUGGUUUUUGCUGGUAGCAAAGGCCCAGCUACCUGCCAGACGAAGGAAGGCAU